GGCAAGUUCUCCACCAAUUGUUUCGGUCCUGAGAGGAGCUCGGCGGUCGGACCCCUCCCUCCUUCUAUCUCUCUCCCCUCUCUCUCCUCUGUCUCCCUUCCUCUCUCGCCCUCUCUCUCUCUCCUCCCCUUGUUGUGACAGAGCACACCUGCUUGAUCUUGGCUACACGCGCUCCGAGUCCAAUUACCCCAUAGGCCCUCGCAGCCACCUCGCAGUCUCUUCCCCCCACUCGGCUGGAUUUUUGGGAGUCAAGCUCAUCUCUGCUCUCUUUGCCUUGUUUCUGCUGAGAACAGGCUCCCUGCUAGCAGCACCAUGAGGUCAGCCUGUCUCUCUCUGCUCCUGGUCACUGCCUGCUGGGCUCUGCCCUUCCGCCAGUCCGGCUUCCUAGACUUCAUGAUGGAGGAUGAGGCGGGAUCAGGUCUGCCUGAAACGACUACAGAUUUAGGCCUCCCUUCCAUCCCUGAAGGACCCAAGUGCCCAUUCAGAUGCCAGUGCCACCUGCGUGUGAUCCAGUGCUCUGACCUCGGUCUGAAGGCAGUUCCUGGGGACAUCCCAGACGACACCACCCUGCUGGACCUGCAGAACAACAAGAUCACUGAGAUCAAGGAGAACGACUUCAAGAACCUCAAAGGACUGCAUGCUCUGAUCCUGGUGAACAACAAAAUCACUAUCAUCCACGCCAAGGCCCUCAGCCCUCUGACCAAGCUGCAGCGUCUCUACCUGUCCAAGAACAUGCUCAAGGACAUCCCAGCCAACAUGCCCAAGAGCCUGCAGGAGCUGCGCAUCCAUGAGAACGAAAUCACCAAGAUCAAGAAGGCCUCCUUCCAGGGCAUGUCCCAUGUCAUCGUCAUGGAGCUUGGGUCCAACCCUCUGAAGACCGCAGGAAUCGACGCCGGUGCUUUUGCUGACCUGAAAAGGGUCUCUUACAUUCGUAUUGCAGACACUAACAUUACAGAUAUCCCCAAAGGUCUGCCCAGCUCUCUCUCUGAGCUCCACCUGGAUGGAAACAAGAUCACCAAAGUGACAGCCAACAACCUCCAGGGCCUGAAGAACCUGGCCAAGCUGGGUCUGAGCUUCAAUGAGAUCAGCUCUGUGGAGAACGGCACGCUGGCUAACGUCCCCCACCUGCGAGAGCUGCACCUCGACAACAACGCUCUGACCAGCGUGCCUCCUGGCCUGUCCGACCACAAGUACAUCCAGGUGGUCUACCUCCAUGCCAACAAGAUUGCUGCUGUGGGAACAGGGGACUUCUGUCCUCCCGGCCUCAACAGCAAGAAGGCCAUGUACUCUGGCAUCAGCCUGUUCAGCAACCCUGUGCCUUACUGGGAAGUUCAGCCAAUCACCUUCCGCUGCGUCUUCGACCGUUCCGCCAUCCAGCUCGGAAACUACAGGAAGAAGUAGAGCGUCCUGCCCGCCCUCUGCGAGGAAGUGUGUGUUUGUAAAUGAGUGUGUGAAAGUUUUGUAAGCGUGCGUGUUUGACCGCAGCCCCACAACACUGACCCCUACCGACACUGCCUCCCCACAAACGAUGAUGUCAUUAAUCCACGCACUCAUUUCAAAACCUUAGUGGACAUGGACCUGAAACACAACAUAUCAUAUUCACUAUUUAGCUUCAAGGUUGGUGCAACAGUAGUACACACAGCUUACAGCAAACACCAGCAUACCAUGGUGAUGCUCUCUCACACACAGCACAUCGUUCAUAGAAGAAGUUUCGCAUUGUUGUGCAUAAUACGGGCAAUUCAUUCAGUGGGCAAAUUGAAAUUCAGAGGCGAUCCCUAACCAAAAAGAUCUGACAUCUCACUCAGUGGAAAAUGUUUUAAAUCCCAGUUUGGUAAAACUUCUCAACCUUUAGCCAUUGUGUGAAUUCUAAGGAGCUGGCCUGUAGAGCAGGCAGCAAGGGGUUAACUUGUGUUUUACAAUACCUUUAACAACUGGUAUACUAGAAUGUACUAGAUAUUACCUGUGUACUAGGAAUAGCAUUCAGAGUGUAACAUUACCACGCUGCACUCCUUGAAAGAACUCUGAGUUUCUAUUUGUAUUGUAUUCAAUUCAAGUAGAGAUAAAAGCAACCGUGACUUCUAUCACAUUGUGAUUUCUUGUGCUUACUUCAGUGUGGAUUAAGUUCUGGGUGUUUUGACACUUUUUCUUCGUCACAUUUCAUCCCUUGUUCCACUCCUAGUGUAUGUUGCUCCAUAAAACCAAGGUGAAAAUAGCGUCUAAAAAAAUGUAGAAUAAACCAUAUAUGUUUUAAACAGAAGCCAUUCCCAAAGAUUUAUAUGCAUGCUCUUAUUUUUUUUUUCCUUUCAACUUGAACCUGGUGCUUUCUGGAAUCUCUUGUUAAUGCGUGUAUGUAUUUCUCUUCAUGUUUCCCUGCCCUUUAUUUCCUUUUUUUAAAGAUUCAAGAAAAAUUGGAGGGUGUAUGUGGAUUGGCAUGCCCACUGCAACCAUGUUGGUGUGAAUGUUGUAUGUAUAGACGCUGUAUAUAAAUGCUGUAUAAAACCUCUCAUUGCUUAAAGGCACAAGCACUUACCAUAGCUCAGACUUAAUAUAUCAGCUACAAAGGUGUUCCUCUUUUUUUCCGGAGCAGGGGCUCCAGCUAAGGUGUCCUGAACAAAAUAAAAAUACUAAUGGAAAAAGUAGCCGUUUUUGAUGGA